AGAUUGUAAAGCGACACAGUAUUGUUAGAUCUCGAAGUGGUGCAGUGGUCCAAAAUGUUUGGAUACCAAAAUAUUUUCGUUUUAGCUUGCCUUGGGUUGGCGCUCAGUGAAGCGGCAUUUGUCGACACGCUACACAAAUGUGAUUAUAAAGAUCGCGAAUGUCAAAAGAAAGUCAUCCAAACCAUGCUUGUGAGCAUCUCCGAGACUGGUAUCCCGGAAUAUGACAUUCCUCCCAUCGACCCUUUACAUGUAGAAAAUAUGAAGCUUAACUUACUAAACGUCAUAGACCUCACGAUCCUUGAGGGAACGAUUAAGGGUAUAAAAAACUGCGAAGUCAACGAUUUGAAGCUGAACAUGGAAAAGGGUCGCUUCACAAUUAAGCUUACUUGUGAUAUAUCAGCAAAGGGGAAAUACGACAUAACUGGAUCUAGCCCCGCUUUGAAGGAAUUGGUUGGCGGCAACAGCGUCAGAGGCAGCGGGAACGCUAAAAUCAAAAUUGAAAAAGUAUCGAUCAAACUUGACUACACAAUUGAAGUAGUACGGCGUCCGGAUGGUGAAGUUUACAUCGAAUGUAAGAAAGACCUGGCUAAAUACGAUUACGAAUUGCUUGGCGGUAGCAAAUUGCAGCUUGAAAAGUUGUACGUUGGAGACGUAGAAUCGAGCCAACUUCUUUCAACUUACUAUAAUGAAAACGCGAAGACCUUAUGGAAAACCUUUGGAAGAACUGUAAUGGAUUCAGUGGCGGACAUGGCUUAUCAGUUCAUACACAAUUUCUUCGGACAAGUGCCUACCAAAUACUACCUCUCUGGCGAUCUUACACCGUUUAUCAAGACAUAAACAAAGUGACCUGUUAAAUAUAUGUUAAAUAAAAUAUAUUUUAUUUUUAA